AUGAAGUUCUUCUCCCUCGCUCUUGCCGCUGCGCUCGCCGGGGCCGCCUACGCUCAGACGGCUUGUAUCCUUACCUGCUCGACCAAUGCCGCCGCUGCCGCCGGUUGCUCCAGUAUCACCGACACCGGCUGUGUCUGCACAAGUGCUACCUUCCAGAACCUCGCUGGCGCUUGCCUGAUUGCCAACUGUACCGCGGCCGAGCAGCAGUCUGCCGUCCAGCUUCAAGCCGCCCUCUGCCAGGGCGUUGUCGCGUCUGGCUCAGUCAGCGUCAGGCUCUCUUCCGCUACGGGCAGCACCGCGCUCCCCUCCGGCUCGUCCCUCUCCAGCGCCCUCGCGUCGGCCUCUUCCGCCGUAUCGACCUCCCGCGCGUCUAGCGCCUCCAUGUCGGGCUCCUCCAUGUCCAUGUCGGGCUCCUCCGUGUCGCGUGCCGCUAGCUCCUCGGGUAACCUUGCUUCUUCCGCUUCGUCCGCCCUCGCCUCGGCGUCGUCCCGCGCGGCCGGCGAGAAGGGUGCCGAGCUCAAGAUGGGCGCCAUGGUCAUGGGCGGUCUCGUCGGCGCCGUCGGCAUGGCCGUCGGCGGACUUGCCGUCUUCUAA